AUGGCCCUGCGUACUUCCGCCGAUAACGCAGAGGAUGUGGCCGCUGGCUUCCGUGAAUUUCGUGAGCAUCUCCCUGGACAUGAAGCGGAAAUCACUGGCCUUAUUGCGGAUCUUUUUGCCAUCAGUUCAGCUUUGAAGAGGUUGGAUGACCUGACAAACGAUCGUCGUCAUCAGCAUAACCUGGCCAUCGUGCACCCGGACCUGGAAUUGGUCCGUACUAGCUUGAAGAUCACCCUCGAGGAUAUCGUCGAUUUCUUCGGCGAUCUGGAAGUGCGCAGAGGCUCUGCCCGAGAUGUCUAUCGUCGAACCUGGACUGAACUAUGUGAGUUCUUCCGGGACGAGGGGAAGGACUCACCCCCCACGCGGUUAGCCAGGUACAAGACGUAUUUGAAUGAACUAGAGGAUCAUAUGACCGACAAGUUCCCUGAUCCCUCGUUCAUUGCUAGCCUUCGCAACGGUCUGAAGGGAUUGCUAGCCCAGCAAUGCAGUCGAUUGCCACACCAACUGGGAAGCAUGUCUCUCAGCACACCGUCCUCUCCCAGUAGCCAUAGCGCUGAACCUGGAAGCCCGGUUAGCGACCGUCGGCCUCGCAAUAAAAGGUCCUACGAGCGAGCAAGACCCUCUCAUACGUCUCCCCAAUCACCUCUUUCCCCUGCGUCUGGAAAUUUCUCAGACGUCCCACCAUCGGCCCCGGAUGCACCUGGAUCCCCUUUCACUAGUUCAGCCACGAGCCACUCCCUGGGUUCCAACACCAUCAGUGACCAUUGGGCAAAAAGUGUAUUCAAGGAAGCGCGUGCAACGACUCGGAUUCCAUAUGUUGGAGAAAGUUCUAAAUGUCUUGGUGAUGUCACUCCCGGGGUAAAGCGAUGGCUCAAUGAGACGGGGUUCGAGGAGCUUUUUCAAUUAGCCUUUAACGGCGAUUCGGACUUACGUGUGUAUUUGUAUGUACGAGAAGAUGACCACCGAGCGCGCAUCGUAUGCAAAACCUCUCGCUCGCCCCGCUCCAGCGACUACCACUGCCUUCCUCUGAAUAUGCUGGAGAUUGUCCGUGUCGGCUCCUGCCUGCAGUUGUGCCGACGGCGCCGUGGCGGUCAUGAACUUGUUUUGUGGGCUAAUCUCAAGUUCAGUACACUUGAGCAUAUGGUACUGUUCUUCUGCACUUUCCUGGCUCUUCGCUCUCAGGACUGUGGCCGGCCAGUGGAUCGCAUCCGUGAUUAUGAGUUAGACGAUGAAGAAGAGCUUUUUGGAGGGUAUGAGAACUCUCAAUAA